AAUAAAUUCAAGAAACCUCAAGAACCUAAAAAAUGGAAAAAUAUCAAAGAUACGACCGAAAGGGCUCCAGCCUGUUUUCCAUUCGUUAAAAAGGGUAUGAUGGCAUUAGAGAAGGAUCACAGCGAGGAUUGUCUUUAUAUGGAUAUUGCAACUCCUGCUUGGGAGUCUGAUGAUGGUCACCUUUAUCCAGUUCUAGUUUUUAUUCAUGGAGGUGGCUACCAAACUGGUACAACUAGAGAAAUUCCACAAGAAGCUAUGGCCAAAAAAUAUGCCAAGAAUAAUAUUGUUUUUGUUACCUUCCAAUACAGAAUUGGACAAUUAGGCAGAAAAUUUUUUUUUUAA